CUGGCGGAGUUCAGUUGCUCGCGAGUGUUCGACCAGAUCGGGAGUUUCUCCAGUUCAGCGUUCGUGUUUGGGGCAGAGUGCAGAGUGCAGUGUCAGCAGCAGCAGCAGCAGUGGUGCUCGUGGUUUGGUGAUAACACUAUUUAUAGUCCCACACUAGCGUAUGCGAUAAGGAGCAGAAACAGCAGCAGCAGACCCACAUCCGACCCAGAACGAGAACGGCGGUUAGCGUGCGCGUGUGUCCUUUUCGGGCGGGUACUGAUGGCGAAUGGAAUGUUGCUGGCCGUGGGACUCGUACUGUUCCUAACGGUCACUGUUGGGCCUGCGGUUGGACAAACGGAACGGGCACCUAAAUGGACACCUACAGAUGCGGACAGAUUGCGCAAGGACAUCCUCAAGGACUACGAUCCGGCACUGCGACCAGCACCCUUUGCUAAUGUUACGACCGUGGAAACAAGUGUUACCAUCACCCACGUGGAGAUCAAUGAGCUCAAGUCCAUUUUCUCGAUGUACGGUUGGAUGAAAUUCAGCUGGAAGGAUGGUCGUUUACUAUGGGAACCCGCGAGCUAUGGAAACAUAUCGACCCUGUACCUGAACCAAAGUGCGCUCUGGACUCCAACAGAAGAAUCAGCUCACACGUUGGUUAAAAUAUCGAACACUGGUAGCCUAGACCUUACUGUAGCUUAUCAAAAGCAAACCAAGUGCUCCAUCGAUUGGCAGGCAUGGCCAUUCGAUACCCAGCACUGCAAGAUGCUUUUCGCUCCUUGGAUAGCAAUCGAGAAUGAUAUGGAAAUUCACGUUUCGCUGAUAAAGGCUACGAUCGACAAAGGAUCACUGUGGACGUUAAACAAUCUUACGCUAGAAACUCAUUCAUAUUCGGACGAAUCGGAACCGUUGUCGUUGAAGGGUACCCAUUUGCAUUUUGUCAUGAAACGGAAUGCCGGCAUAUACCACAGCACGAUCAUCGCUCCUGCCUGUUUGCUAGUGUUGAUGAAUCUGAUCGGAUUUUGGCUGCCACCGAAGUGCGGUGAAAAGCUCACUCUGAACGCCAUAAACCUACUGUUGUCGUGCAUGUUCCUUAUACAUUUUAAUGAAACCAUUUCCUACUACACCAACAGCACACCGUCGAUUGUUUUGUUCUUCAGCCAAAGCUCCUAUCUUUCUUGCGUUUGCUUGAUGAUGACUGUUCUCAUCGAAUGCAUGCUUAACAGUAAUACCAAGCUGCCUGUACACCCACUAAUCAAGAAGAUCAUAUCGUUGGAUGCUGUCCUUUUCUUUAUAACGACGAACAAACAGCGAUAUCUCGACAAUUUGGAAGUAUGUGAAACACUGGAAGAGCCUAUCAUUCAGCAGCCAGCGAGUGAUGCCGAGGAGCAGCCUAGUCCUGAACCGAGCGGAAUGAACAACGAACGCGACUGGAUACUGUUUUCUACAAAUUGGGACGAUCCAAAGCUUACCUGGGACCCGGCUCAGUAUGGAAACAUGGACGUGAUUCGCUUGGAUCCCACCAUCGUCUGGAGACCGGAUGUGGUGCUGUACAACAAUGCUGGCGGUUCCGAUAACCAUCACUACGGAGAUACGAACGUUUUGGUGUACAACACCGGCAAAGUGCUGUGGGUUCCUCCAACCGAGUUCCAUUCGUUCUGCGAGCUGAACAUGCGGCUGUGGCCUUUCGACUAUCAACAGUGCAUGUUGAAGAUCGGCUCCUGGACCUUCGAUGGGUUUAAGCUAAACCUCACGAUUUCCAACGAACCGGAGGUGGACAUCAUGCUCAAGAACUCGGAGUGGAAAAUUCGCAAAGUAGUGUCCGAGCGCCACACCAAGUACUACUCGUGUUGCACGGAGCCGUACAUCGACAUCACUUACAACGUCACCAUGCAGCGCCAUUCGGAUACGCACCGAAACAUCAUUGUGAUUCCCGCGCUGGUCAUCAUGGCAUUGGCCCUCUCCGUUUUCUGGCUGCCUCUGCAGGCGGGCGAGCGGAUCAUCAUGAAUGGAAUCAUUUCGUUGAUGAUCACGGUGUUCCUGGUUUACUUUGCCCAGCAACUGCCAGCCAUUUCGGGGCACACUCCAUUGAUUGUAAUUUUCUUCAGCAACACCCUCCUGUUGGUCGCGUUCAGUACGAUCAUUAGCGUGAUUGUUCUGAAUGUCUCGAAACUGAAGCACGAAGCCGGACUGCCGAGCAUCUUGAAGCGCAUCGCAUCCGCCGUUGGUCCGUUCGUGGGUGUUGGCAAUAAGCAUUUCCGCUUCAGCGACAAAGGCAACGUGGCCAUCGAGAGUAACACCGAUCACGAGUGGGUGAAGUUCGGGCUAGUGCUUAACCGCCUGGCGUUCAUCGUGUUCUGCGUAGUGUUUAUCAUUUGUGCUUCCUACAGCCUUUAGAUUGGCCCUCGAACGAGCGAGCAUGUUUUGCUAAAUCUCAGUUUUGUUGUUUCAAGUGCUUCGCAUAAUCGCAAUAAAAAUGCCGAAUCAGUA